AUGCUACAUAAAAUAACAAAUAAAAAUUAUGCAUUGAAAAUACUUUCAAAAAAAUCAAUAAAAGGAAAGGAACGAAUGAUUUCAAGUGAAUUAGAUGUGCUAAAAAAAGUUCAUCAUGCACAUAUAAUUUCAUUGCAUGAAUUGUAUGAGACGAAGGACGGAGUAUUUAUCAUAACAAAUUUAGCAACAGGUGGAGAGUUAUUUCAUCAACUGUUACUCAAAGGAUCAUAUACAGAAGCAUAUGCAGCAAAACUUGUUAGACAAAUCCUUGAAGGUGUCGCCUACUUGCAUGAUCUAGAUAUAGUUCAUAGAGAUUUGAAACCUGAAAAUUUAUUAUUUAAUGAUAAAUCUAAAGAUGCAAAUCUCAUGAUAACUGAUUUUGGAUUAUCAAAAUUUCUAACAAAUGAAAAUGAUCUAUUAUCGACUGCAUGUGGAACGCCUGGAUAUGUUGCACCUGAAGUGUUAUUAGGAAUUGGUUAUAGCAAACCUGUUGAUAUUUGGAGUAUAGGCGUAAUAACUUAUACAUUAUUAUGUGGUUAUGCACCAUUCCGGGGUAAAGAUCAAGUUUCAUUAUUUGAAACUAUUAAGGCAGGGGUUUACGAAUAUGAAAAACCGUAUUGUAAUAAUAGUAAAUAUUAUGUUAACUCUAUUUUAUUACUAUUAGCGAAAGAUUUAAUAGAUAAAAUGUUAAUUUAUGAUCCUUCACGGAGAAUAAUAGCCAAGGAAGCAUUGGAACAUCCUUGGUUUAAAUUAGCUAGUAAUAAUGAUAUUUAUAAAGAUUUUAAAAAUAAUUCUUCAGCUAGAAAAAAAUUUAAGAAAGCAGUCAAUCUUGUACGAGGAAUUAAUCGUAUAC